CCCCCGGGGCUGCCCGGACCGAAGCCGUCCGAGGGAACACCCGGCUCGCGCCUUUUCCCGCCCCCGGGCCCAGAGAGCCUCUGGAGCCGCCCGGCCCGCGCCCCCGGGCCCUGCCCCCGGAGAGCUGGUGCGACCGCCUCUCCCUCAGCGCUCUCCGCGGGCCCGAGGCCGCACCCUCCGCCGAGUCCGGGACGCGUUCAGGCUCUGCCCUCGCUGGGAACGACCCCGUUUGCGCCCACCGGCACCUGGCUUUGUGCCUUCGUGAAAGAUGGCAUUUGUGAAGAGCGGAUGGUUGCUGCGACAGAGUACUAUUUUGAAGCGCUGGAAGAAGAAUUGGUUUGACCUGUGGUCAGAUGGUCACCUCAUCUAUUAUGAUGACCAGACUCGACAGAGUGUUGAGGAUAAGGUCCACAUGCCCGUGGACUGCAUCAACAUCCGCACAGGGCCCGAGUGUCGGGAUAUUCAGCCUCCGGAUGGGAAGCCAAGAGGCUGUAUGCUGCAGAUCGUUUGCCGAGAUGGGAAAACCAUCAGUCUUUGUGCAGAAAGCACAGAUGAUUGUUUAGCCUGGAAGUUUACUCUCCAGGAUUCCAGGACAAACACAGCUUAUGUUGGCUCAGAAGUCAUGUAUGAUGAAGUAGCCGUGGCUUCUUCCCCACCUCCCUACGCAGCCUACGCUGCACCCACCCCUGAGCAGGCAUAUGGCUAUGGUCCAUACAGUGGUACAUACCCACCAGGAACUCAAGUUGUCUAUGCUGCGAAUGGGCAGGCGUAUGCUGUACCCUACCAGUACCCGUAUGCAGGACUUUAUGGACAGCAGCCUGCCAAUCAAGUCAUCAUUCGUGAGCGGUAUCGAGACAAUGACAGUGAUCUGGCGCUGGGCAUGCUGGCCGGAGCAGCCACAGGCAUGGCCCUGGGGUCUCUGUUCUGGGUCUUCUAAAGCCCUUGAAAUCUGGAUGUGCAUAGCUUCUGAUACCCUGUGUGCAAUAAUAUUAUUUGCAGGGCACUUCUGUUUGUGAUAAAUGUUUUUAAUAAUAGUUUUAAUAGUUCUUUUCAAAGUAGCGACAUCAGAGUCAUAACUCACCCAUGUAAGUAGCACAGAGAAGGCUGCUGACUGCUGUUUAGCUAAAACAUGGGCUGUCUGGGGCACUGGCUUGUUUCAGAAGCUUCCUUGUGGAACUUCUGGAAUGCCUUCUUUGAACAUACCUGUUUUGAAAGGCAUUUUCAUUGUAGAGGCAGGAGUAGUGCUUAAGGAGUAAUUUCUCUUAGUGUCACAUUAACAGUACAGUGAUGUAUGAGUGACUGAUUAUGGUGAAAAGAGCUGCAGCUUCUUUCCGUUUAAUGCCAGACAGACCAGACACCUCAGACCAGAACUGGCUCAUGUCACUGCAGGAGCUGCCGGCUGGUGAGCUGCCAGGGGACUUUCCCAAGGCAGUGAUGUGAUUCCUCUGCAACCUCAGGCCCGCAGGCUUCCAGCAAGGCUGACUGCUCAGGGGGACCGGGGGGAAGGCAAGUCCUCCCUUUUAACGUGAUUUCUCCGUUUCACUUUCUGUUUUUGGUAGAUGUCCUUGGAAAACAUCCCAAUUAGGAGUUGACUUGAGCCUCCUAGUGUUAGGGCUUCAUCCUUUAAAUCAUGAAGAAGAUAAAACAAUUGUAAACAAAUAUGUGGAGGUAGAUUUGCUUUUUUCAGAGACAUUAUGUUUUUAGUGUCUGCUUUGAGUAUUUUGGUUGCCAGUUAUCAGCCUACUUACAGCUUAUUUUUCUACUUGUUGAGAAGGUAAAAUGAAAAGAAUGGUGAGGACACUGGAAGGAGCGCCGCAGUCCCAGGGUCGCCGUGGCCGGCCUCAGGGGUUGCGCUGUGCACAGGAUGCUCUUGGUCCCUCUGAAGGCUUUUAAAGAGCAGGUGUUCUGUUUUGUGUAGGACUGGGGAACAGGGACUGUCCCCUGAACUCUGGGAUGUGUGGAGCCCCAGUGGGGCCUGGUGGGGGCUCUUGGGACCAUGGCUGUGGGGGAGACUCAGGUUAUAGAUGGCAAAAAUGAGGCCUAAGGGCAUGAGUGACCUGUGCAAGAUUUCUCUCAACCUGACCAGGACACCAGCCUUGUUUUUAUUUCCAGACUCAGAUGUCAUCGGCAAGCUUACACCACUUAAUUUUGAGCCCUAGCUAUGGGUGAAACUCUAGAAAGCCCCCAGUUUUGCAUUUCUGUUACUUUAUAUUUCUUUAUGUGAAUAUUUCAAGUUGCUAAUUAUUCCAGUUUUCUGUGUUGCAUGCUUUAAGGAAUGUACUUCUACAAAGGCAGAUCGGCUCAGCGAAGGUCCCUGCCCCUACACUCCGUGUAGCUCUCUUUCACAUAAAAUACACCCCUAGUGGCACCAGCGCUCGUCAUUCUCAGAGGCCGGUUUUAUCUACACUCAUUUCACUGGUCUGCCGACUCCAUCUCUGAGGCAGACUUAAAUCAACCUCCUAUGAGUCCAGAUGCCCAAUGAACUUUGUGGUUACCCCAGGUGUGUUUUCCUGGCCAAUUCUAGUGGACUUGGUGACCCUGGAAAGUGUUUCAGCUGAAAGGACGUGUACUUGACUGCCAUCUCUUUGGAUGUUUGACAUAGAGGAAAAUUGCCAGAUAUGCAUGGCAGCACUGGUUUUCAUGGUUAAAAAGGUUCCUUUUAAUAAAAGGUUUUAUAUCCUGUAUCAUAAAAAUAGUUUUGUUCAUAUGGUAAUCAUUAUUGAGGCUGUUUGGUUUACUUAAAAAAUAUGGUUUUUAAUGGUACCUUGGGGUAUUAAUUUUGAGUUUGAGUUAUGAGAACCAGAGUACUGUCAGGUCAUCGAAAUGUGCUUGAAGCAAACAGUCUCCCUGUGUUCCCCUGGCUGAACGGAUGAGCCCCCCGGCUAAAGGGAUGAGCUAUAGACUGAAAUUUGGCUACGCAUGUCCCUGUCCCUAGAAAACUAUAGUUGAACCUGGAAAUUCACUGUCACUAGUGACUUGGUUUUGAUGUGAAACGCAGGCUAGGUAUAAAGGUGGGCCGCGGGACUUCAUUUCCCUGGGCCCAACUCCCGCAGGUGCCAACCCUGUGAUUGCUUCACUUUGGAAUUUGUUCAGGUCUGAGUAAGCAUUUACUUCCUUUUGUACUUUUAAAUAAUAUACCUGGAAGAAGUUGGCCACUAACAUUGCAUAUGUGCUGAUCUGAUUGUUUUUUAGCUCUGUUCUUUUAAUUUCUUGAGUCAGCUUUAGGGUCUCGCAUAGUACAGAGAAGGGAGAGACCCAUGGCUGUGCUUCAGGCCAUUAUUUGUGAAACAGGCCAGACCAGGAUAUGAGGUCAGAGGUCCUAAAGGGAGGUUCCUGCAGUCGGGACAGAAUGGCCCAAGCUCAUUUUCUGCAUCAGUUGUGACCCUGUGUAAUCUUUCUUUCUCCUUCCCAAGUUUGUGUAGAUGCAGAAAUGGAAUGCAGCUACAUUUUUUUCCCUAGAAUUGAUCUCUUUUCUGACUGCUUCUGUCUCUAAUAUUUUGUUGUGUCCACAGAACCUAUUUUUCCCUGUAUAUGCAAAUUGUAUGUUUAUAAAUGAAAAUGUUAAUACAUUAAAUGACUGUUAACCUUAAAA